GCAGAAGCAUAAGCAGAAGCGGAAGAGCUGAUAGUAGAAGUUGAUUACAGGGGAAGAGGAAGUUGAAUCAAAUCGAAAGAAGAAGGAAGGAAGGAGGAUAAGAAAAUGGUGAGAGUUGCGACGUACUUCGCGAUGACGCUUGGAGCUUUCGUGUUCUGGCAAUCCAUGGACAAGAUCCAUGUCUGGAUCGCUCUCCGUCAGGACGAAAAGCAUGAGAGGAUGGAGAAGGAAGAGGAGAUCAGAAGGGUCAGAGAAGAGUUAUUGCGGCAGCAGGCCAAUCGGAAGGAUUCUAUUGCUUGAAUUGAAAAAUGCUGUAAUUUUGAUACCCUUUACUUUUUUCUAAUUUCCCUUGCUGUUGUUUGUCCAAUGCAGUGUUAUUUGCUCAAAUAAAAUUUGUUAAUCAGGAGCUCUUCGAAUUUGAUUGGGUGGAUAUUUAACGUUGUUCUUUACGCAUGGACUUGUUUCAUAAAAUGCUACAUGUGAGUAAUUAUGGGAAUACAUUGCUUUGUUCAUUU